CGCCAGUUUACCCCCCAAGUCAAGCGUGCCUUAAGAAAUUUCACUUCAAAAAAAUUUAUAAAACGCAACAAAUUUAUAAUUGGAUUGCGAUAUUGGUAGUUGAGAAUGUAAAUUAAAUGGCCUUGGAUGGUAUUUAUUAUAGGAUAUUUCAUUAUUUAUUUACAGCUUUCGGAUAAUGGAUAAGCAUAGCUGCAUAAUUUUUGAAAAGUUGGGCUGAACUUCUGUAACCUGCUUCAAGCGAACGACAUGAUGUGACAUCUAGUGAUGAAAAGAGGAAGUUAUGGAGGAAAAAAAAGGUGUCGCUGCUGUUAUAUAGUUUUGUCCAUUACUCACUAGAGGCGCUGUAUUUGGCGUCCAUCCCAACCUAUAUCGCUUGCUUGGCGCUAGUGGACUGUUUCAUUUCACUCUACUCGCUAGAAAUAGGUUAAAGUUCUGUAAUUAUUUUAUUUUUCAAUAUUUUGUGAAGUGAUUACUCGUCAGUGUUUAUAAAAAUGGAGAAACGGAAAGAUACUUUAAGUGUGUUAAAAAUGUGUAGAUUUUGCCUGUCUCGAGAUGAUGCUAUUACAAGUAUUUAUGAUAGAGCCCAGAAAGCAAAAAAUACAGUUACAUUACCUCUAAAGAUACUAUCCUGUCUAUCCAUUGAGGCUUUCCCUUCUGAUAAAAUGCCAACUUAUAUAUGCAGUCGCUGUAGUUUAUUCAUGGAUCUGUUCUAUGAAUUUAAAGAAAUUUGUCGGAGUGCAGAUCAGAGAAUAUUACAAUACAUUCAAACUGGAUCUACUCUUGAAACUCUGAAUUGGCCUGUGUCACUAACAAAUGUUUUUCGAGAUUUGAAGAGGCUGUCUAAAAAUCCACACGUAGUGAAGGCUGUUAUGAAAGAUGGGGCUACAGUGAAAGUCACAUCCCAAGAAGUGUCCAAUAGUGAAGAAGAUGAUGAGGAAGAUGUAUACAAUGUAAAGAUUGGAGAUGGAUCAAAAGACAUAGAAGUUGUUGUUAGUAAUAAAAAUAAUAUAGAAACUGAAGAAAUCAACACCAAGCCAGUAUCAGAUAAUGAAAGUAAGUUAACGGAUAUCAAGGACCAUGUCAGGAACUUGGAGGAAGGAUGUUGGGCGUGUGACGAGUGCAACUGCACAUAUCCACUGCAGCAGUUGUUGGAGUUGCACAAAAUGCAGAAGCACAGAACGCGAAAUGUGCAAUGCUCACAAUGCGAUGCAAAAUUCUUCACAAAGUAUGAUUUAAUGACACAUACUUUACGUCACACUGACGAAGUGCCAUUCCAAUGUGUCGCAUGUGACAAGAGAUUCAAACGACUAUUUCUAUUAAAACGCCAUGAAAAGAUAAUACAUGCGAACAUACCACAGCUGGCCUGUCCUAACUGUCCUGCGACGUUUUUGUCCAUAGAGGAACUAAUGGCUCAUCAGAGGCGGCACGUGCGCCAUUCGGAACGCAACCACGCAUGCGGCUUGUGCGAUAAAAAAUUCCAUGAAAAAUCAACACUGCAAAGGCACAUUGAUCUUGUGCACGAAAAGAAACCUACUUUCCGUUGCGAAUACUGUCCAGAGCAAUUCACUUCAGUAAGCAAGUUGACUCGACACGUACGUUCGCACGCUGGCGAAAGGCCUUAUCCAUGCAAGUACUGCAGUAAGAGCUUCUUGAAGUCACAUCAUUAUACGAGACAUCUCCGUGUAAAACAUCGGGAAACCAUAAGGAAACCGCGCGGUCCGUUCGGUCAGUCGGACUACCGAUGCGAGCAGUGCGAAGAGGCAUUCACUACUCAAGACGACCUCAUAUACCACUCGGCCAUACACGCCACGCAGAACCUCAUCUGUCCGCUGUGCCAGGAGAAAUUCGAGAAUGUGGACGCUGUCACUGCGCACAUCAAGUCGCAUGUCAACGGCAUGGAAUUCAUGUGCGACCUGUGUGAACUUGUGUUCACAACCAAAGAGAAGUUGGAAAACCACUUAACCAGUACGCACGCCGACGAAUUAGAUCAAGAUGAUUCUUCCAUGGAAUUAGACGGUGACGAUUCUGAAGACGACAACGACAUUCAUGUAAAAGAAGAAGAUGGUGAGAUGGUUGUGGAAAUAAAGAAAACUGACAGCUUUAUGCUACCUGAUACGCAACCCGAUUCAGAGGAAAAAGCUGAUAUCACCCAAUCUGAAGGUACUGAGAGUGAAUCGGAAGCAACAUACACGGAGCUGGCGACGGUAGACACGUUAGCGAUAGUGAAAAAUGCUGACGACGUUAAAUCUGAAACUGACGAGAUGGAGCCAGCAACAAAGGAGAUCGUCACACCGGCCGUCAUUAGGAAGUUGCCAGCCAAAACGCCGAUGAAAACAGAAAAUCAGACUGCGAGUAUAUUGAGGAAAGCGGAAGAAGUGAAGCGCAGAGUUAAAGCGGAAGCUGUAAAUGAAACAAAGGAGAAAAUUGUUACCAAGGCGGAAAGCACCAACAGCAUAGGAGGUGCUAGUGACAAAUCUCUGCGCUUACUAGAAAAGGAAUUACAGGAACUGAAAAGGACAAAUACGCGGAACGAAUCUAUAAAGACCCCUGCGAAGCCUAUGGAGAAUUUAAGAAAUCGGAGACCACAACUUUAUUCCUCUACACCUAAAACAAGAAGUAAUAAUUACAGAGCAACAGAAGAAAAGAAAGCUGUAGUUUCGAACAAGUCUCCCGCCAUCGAGAGGAAGGUAAUAGAACGUCGCAUAACCAAAGAAAAUAAAGAACCUAAAGAGGUUAAAGAAGUGAAAGAGAUUAAAGAGACUAAGGAAGUUAGAGAAAACAAGGAAGUUAAAGAUACCAAGGAAGUUAGAGAGACAAAAGAGUCUAAAGAUUUGAAGGAGCCGAAACAGACCGCUGCUGCCAAAGAAGAUAAAGAGACUCCUAAGAGUUUAGUUAAAAAUGGACCGGGCAACAAAAUGUCAUCUGAGGAAAACGUACGCCGAUCCACAAGGCCAUCCAAAAUAAAGGACUAUGCCAAAAUGAUUCGCGAUAAAUCGCAGGAUUCGUCCGACGAGGAUUCAGAUAUGGACGAAGAAUAUAAAGAAGUGGAAAAGAUUGAGAUGCGAGGCCGCCCUCGACGGGGCAGCGUGAAGGCAGUAGCUAGUAAAUCUCCCGCCGCCGCUGCAUUAAUGACGCCGCCAGUCCGGAAGCGAGGCCGCCCCCGCAAGGAACCACUGAAGGAGCUACCUGCAAAAAUUAAAAGAGCCGACGAAGAAGAACCGGAACCAAUGGAAACGGAAAGCAAAAACGUGAAAGAUGAUUUGGAUGACACCAGCAACAAGUCGAAACAUGAAGGCAUUUCGGAUACGCUAGAAUGUAAUAGUAUUCCUCAAGAGGCAGUGAACGCAGGAAAAACUACAAACAAUGUAAGCAAAUCUCCCAGCGCCGAACAAAUGAUUUCUCCGGGCGGCGUAGUCAUGUCGCCUACCGGACAAACACUUAAAAAGGUGCCUAUCAGGGCUCUCCCACCCGGAGUCAAACCUCUACCUCUGCCAGUCGGUCGUCCAAUGGGGCCGGGUGAACUAUGCGAGAUGCAAAUUGGCAAAAAAGUCGUCAAAGUACAGAAGAUAGUAAUGACAAAAGCUGAGGUAGAAGCCAUGGCUAAACAAGGACUCGUUGAAAUGAAGGACGGCACAAUGGUUCUAAAACAGGGUAUAAAACUACCUUCAUCUGAAGCACUGAAAUCAUCUCUAGUCGGAGAUAAAGAUGCCAGUAAAGAAUCUCCAAGCAAAGUGGAAAAACCUGCGCCAACACAAAGUAGUGCAAUUAAAAAUUCAUAAUCUUGUGUGAGGCACAAUUAUUUUAGUUAAAUGCGUUGUUCGUGUUACUUUUGGACCGAUAAGAGUGUAGUUAUUGCAAAAUAAAGUUUAUUUUUAAGUACACAUAUACUUAUACAUACUUAAACUUUUAUCUGGUUAAAUUUCAUACCUAUUACAGAUUAUAUAGUAAAUUAUAACUUAGGUAUAUCUGAUUCACUUGGAUAAAAUCCAUAAAAAAUGUAAAAAAAUCUACCGAUAAUAGAUUUACGAUUCUCUUUUAAGACUAUGUUUAAUGUUUUAUUAUACAUAAUUAAGUAGGAUGAAAUUAUAAGCAUUUAAGUGGUAGUUGUUGUUUUAUUAAAAUCUGGUGUGACAGUAUGAUGUAAAUAUUAUUUAUUAUAUGACACAUAGUUACAUAAAUAUGUAUGGACACACAUUGGUGCCGAUUCUGGCGUGAUUCUCUAAACUU